AAUGGGGGUGGAGUCUGUCCCUUUCUGUGGAACCACUUGAAUGGGAAUCUCUGUGUCUGUGGGCGGUGUGCGCAAGCGUUGUGGUUGGCUUUCUCGCGAUGGAGUCUCCUCUGCCGUCUCUCUGGCUGCAGCGAGUGGCAACUCUGUUUCUGUUUGUGUUCUGCUGCUGGGGAAGUGGCUCCGCAGGUGGGCAUACAAAUUGGAAGAAAUUCCUGGUCCAGAUUAGCAGAGCUGUGGAGAACUACAAGCCAUGCAUAAAGGAAAAUUGCAGCUGUCACCAAGGAGUUAGGGAACAGGACUUGGCUCCUUUUCGAGAUGGGAUCUCCAAGGAAUUGCUGUCAGAAGCAAUCAGUCGAAAGCUGGGGACUCACUACCAGAUCAUUGAGAAGAAGCUGUAUCGUGAGCAUGAUUGCAUGUUCCCUGCAAGGUGUAGCGGCAUUGAGCAUUUCAUUUUGGAGAUCAUUGACCAUCUUCCAGAUAUGGAGUUUGUGGUCAAUGUACGGGACUACCCGCAGGUGCCUAAAUGGAUGAAACCUCCUAUUCCCGUCUUCUCCUUCAGUAAGACUUCAGAAUACUAUGACAUUAUGUAUCCUGCCUGGACAUUUUGGGAAGGAGGACCAGCUGUCUGGCCCAUUUAUCCAACAGGCCUAGGACGCUGGGACAUAAUGAGAGAGGCCCUCCAAAGCUCAGCAGAAAAAUGGCCAUGGAAGAAGAAGAUUCCCACAGCUUACUUCCGAGGAUCGCGGACAAGCCCAGAGCGGGACCCCCUUGUUCUUCUUUCUCGAGAAAAUCCAGUCCUUGUUGAUGCAGAAUACACUAAAAACCAAGCCUGGAAAUCUGAAAAAGACACUCUUGGAAAACCACCUGCUAAGGAAGUUCCUCUAGUGGACCACUGUAAGUACAAAUACCUCUUUAACUUCCGAGGUGUAGCAGCCAGUUUUCGAUUCAAGCACCUCUUCCUGUGUGGCUCGCUGGUUUUUCAUGUUGGGGAAGACUGGCAGGAAUUCUUUUAUGCACAGCUGAAACCUUGGGUUCAUUACAUCCCAGUCAAGUCUGAUCUUUCCAAUGUGAGGGAGCUGCUACAGUUAGUAAAAGAAAAUGAUGACAUAGCCCAAGAAAUUGCAGAGAGGGGUCGCCAGUUUAUCAUGAAUCAUUUGCAGAUGGAGGAUAUCUCUUGCUAUUGGGAAAGACUUCUAACUGGAUAUUCUAAAGCCCUGAUUUACAAAGUUAAACGGAAGAGUAACUUCAGUUUGAUAUCCCCCAGGCCACUGAAAACAGAACUGUAGAAGCUACUGUUACAUUUUCAUCUCAGGACCAAAGCAUGUAGACAGUGUUUCAAAAUGGUAACUGUUUGUUUUGGCAAAGUAAAACAGAAAUCAGGUGAUAAACUUGAUUAGUUUUAUGGGUGCUAUUUGGUUUCUGCUUUACUUGUGAGCUAAUAAAAAGCUAGAAAACUA